AUGGUGCAGAGCGGCAACCCGCGGCCGUUCAGCUCGCAGUACCUGAGCGUGGGCGGGGCGGGCGCCGGCGUAGGCUCGCUGGCGCUGCACCGCGUGAGCUCGCGGCCGCUGAGCUGGUGGGCGUGCCGCGUGGCCGCGCCAACCUGCUGCACGCGCUGCUGCUGCUGCUGGCCGCCGCCCGCCCGCUCUUGCGCGCACGCACCUCGUCCCCGCCUGUCAUGGAUCCAGAGCACGUUGAUGCUCUGA